UUCUUCUCAAAAGUCAUAUCUAGAUGUUUGUGUAUUAUGCUGUUCAAAGCUAUGUCAGCUGUAAUUGAUAGUUUGACAAGCAGGUGAAAGGUGAAACCUAUAAGGUUAAAAAAAUAAAUAAGCAACAAUAGUUGUCGGAGUACAAUUUAUCCAUAAAUUUGAAAUGGCUAAGCAAUCAUAUAGCAUCGUGGAAUAUUAUGCGGAACACGAGGGCUACGAGUGUGGCUACUGCAAAAGCCCCGACACAAACUUUAGCCAUGGCAUGUGGGCACAUUCAUUGACAGUGCAAGACUAUCAAAGUUUGAUAGAUCGAGGAUGGAGACGUAGUGGCUGUUAUUGUUACAAACCUAUUAUGAAUCAAAUCUGCUGUCCACAAUAUACUAUAAGAUGCGAAGCAUUAGACUUCAAAAUAUCAAAAUCUCAAAAAAAAAUCUUAAAACGUAUGAUGAAAUUUUUGAAAAACGAAUUGACAAAGGAUAAUGUGAGCGCUGUAAGUGAAGAUCAACAAGAUAAUAUAGAUAUAAAUAAUGAGGAAGUAUCCAAUUAUGCAAAAUAUUUGACGAAAGCGGAAAAAAAUGCGUCUCAAAUUAAUGUGUCAUCUGUUGAUGAUGAACUUAGUGGAAAACUGUCUGUCAAUUUAAUAAAAUCCAAAUCUCAAAUAAACUCUACUUCUGCAUCAAGGAACAGCCAAAAACAGAUGAUAAAUUCUGAUAGCAGAAGCAAUCUGCAUGUUAGAAGUGAAAUUACUAAUGUAGUGCUUUGUAAGAAAGCAAAGCUCUUACGCUUGGAACGCAAGCAAAAUAAGUUGUUGGCUCAAGGUAAAUCGCAAAGCGAAAUUGAAAGUAUUAUGAAAGAGAGAAAACAACAGAAUUAUAUUAAAUCUUUGGAGGAAUUAUUCGAUGAGGUGUAUACUGGUUUGAAAAAGUUGGAGCUGAAAUUAGUUCGAACUGCGCCGAUGAGUUCUGAAUACUUAAAAACCUCGAAAAAGUCUUAUGAAGUUUAUAAAAAGUAUCAGAUGAUGAUACAUGGAGAUCAAGCUGAAGAGAUCACAGAACAACAAUAUACGAGAUUUCUCGUGAAGUCUCCUUUGCAGAUGAAAUUGGUCAAAGUGAUGUCGGACGAGUUCCUUAAUACAUUUGAUGCGAGCGCAAAUCUUUAUAAAAAAUAUCAAAUGGCGAUUCACAAUGAUCCACCAGAGGAAUGCAAUCAAAAGUCAUUCUUUAACUUUCUUGUAAAAAGUCCCUUGCAGCAAUGGACACCCAAUAGUGGACCAUCUCAAGGAUAUGGUUCUUUUCAUGAGCAAUAUUGGUUAGAUAAUGAAUUAAUAGCAGUCGGAGUGAUAGACAUCCUGCCGUCGUGCAUCUCGAGCGUGUACUUUUUUUAUGAUCCGACAUAUAGUCAACUCUCUUUAGGAACUUUUAGUUCUCUGCGAGAAAUUUAUCUAACGAGACAGCUUAACAAAGUCGCGAGUGACUUGAAAUACUAUUAUAUGGGCUUUUACAUUCACACGUGUCCGAAAAUGCAAUAUAAGGCCAAAAUGCGACCAUCAAAACUUCUAUGCCCACAAACAUACGUGUGGUGCGACAUAGAUCCCUGUUUAAUUAAAUUGGACAACGAAAAAUAUAGUCGUUUGAAUGACGAUUCGAACGCAAUUGAUAAAGAUGGCGUAAUCGAUGUUGAAGAGGUACUUAUUUUAUACAAGCGUAUUGCGAUGCCAUAUAAGAAAUAUAAAGAACAACAAAAAACAUGUCAAACAACGCGGGAAGAGAAACGCAAAAUAGAGGAAUAUGCUAGCCUUGUCGGAAUGCCAUGUGCGCGAAGGAUGCUGCUUUAUCGUUAUUCCGAAGAAGAUUAAAGUAUUGACUGAUAUGUAUGUCAUGGACAAGAAAAUUGUUAAUUUCACUAAAACGCCUGAUACUUACGUACAUAAAAUAGAACAGUCGAUAUGCAUGAACGUACAUUAGAUUUGCACUACUUGGCAGCCUCUGGACUAAUUUGUCUAGCUUCUAUAUCAUUCUGAGCUCCCUCGAGCGGUCGGACCUCAUUCCAGCUCUGUAUAUCACCUUUACCUCCGAAC